CGUCGAUCGCUUGACGAUGGAGAAUGUCCAGUCUUCCCAUCGGCGCAUCUGAGCAAAGGCUACUAUCAUCGUUGGCCUCUGCUACAAUCUCUAGCGCAGGGACGGAGCUCGUCCAGGGGACAGGUCAUCAUGAUGAGGACUUAUCGAGGCAAGGUGAUGGCUCGGCAACCGGAGCAGGUAGGCAGUUGCGUCGAAAGCGUGGAGCAUAUACAGCCUGCUUAACAUGAACACAGAUAGCGGCAACCAGAUAGCAACUCGGACAGGUGAGGUGAUAGAGCCGAACACUGCGAGCUCAUUCGGAAGAGCUGCUACAGCCGAAGAAGAAAUUGCAUACCUCGAGAGCAAUCCGCAGGAAGGCUUGCUGCCUCCGCCUGACUUCAAGCCUUUCUUCAUUCUUGUUGAGGACGGCGAAACCCGCGAACACUAUCAUCCCACCAUACGCUACGUAUUUGCCGAUGACGACCCCGACGACUUUACGAACGUGAUGCUUGCGACGAUAGAGCAGCAGGCUGCUUUGGAUGAACGGCAAGACGCAGAGGAGCGCGUAGCAGUAAUUGACAUGGCUGCAGAUGGCAAGGCGGUUUUAUCAGCAGCGUCCCUUAGCCCGCAUUGGCAAGCGUUGAAUGCGAGCGUAUCACAAGCACCGAGCUGGGGAGAGGCUUCUCAGGGAUUGGGCAGAGGCUUGAUGCUUCGAAUCUCUGGACGUGAGGCGGCAUCGAAGUCCUCCAGUCUUGCCAAAAAGCCUACAGUCAAUACAGACGAACUUAUCGACACCUACAGCGAGCGUCUGAGAUGGCUGGACGAGAUCCUAGGUGAAGAGCAAGAGGACGUUGUUGUGAACGAGCCCUCCAUACACGAUACAUGAGGUCUUGUCUAAUGUAUCUGUUCAAGCGCCACCGC